AUGUACAGUAAUGUAAAACAUGCUUUCUUUCAAGAUGGAGAGGAAAACAAAGUUGGAGAUGAGACCAUCUCCCCUCUCUUGCACUCGCACUUGCACAACCCAAUCAAGGUGGGGACCAAGAUGGAAAAGGAUAUCCAGUUCCAUAUGGUGCAUACCUUUAGGGGAAUGAAGAGAUCUGCUCAUCAUUCAUGUGAGUUUGAGGAUCUUAAUCGAGUUAUGCGCAACUUUCUCGCUGAAGUUGGUCGUAUUUGGAGACCGUUGCCUAACCUUUUAUGGAGAAGGGUACAGAGGGAGCAUGGAUUCAAGGGGGAACUUCCCCUGAAGGAACCGCGUGUAUUUUGCCUGACUGGGUUUUGCCUAGUUGAGCUCGUAAAAGCACCUUUCUUUGUUGUCACACUAGAAGAGGUCGAAAUUGCUAGUUUGGUGCUAGAUAAACCUGAGAUGACGGUGUUUAACAUGACAUUCGUGUUCAAGGACUUCAUGCGCGAUGUGCUUCAGAUAUACUCCAUUCCUGCAAUGAAACUCGAUGGCAUCAAACAGUCACUUGAUAUCAGAAGCGUCAAGUACUACCAGGACAAUAGGCUUGAUUUGAAUGUGGAAGAGUGGAGGUCCAUGUUGAAUGAAAUAAUACGUGACUCACAGAGGUUUAUGGAGGAGGAUGGAUGGAAUAAGUACUACUCAGGAGAGAGUGCUGCUGAUUACUCUGACAGCUCGGCGGCGAGUAUUGAGAAUUACUCUGACUUCUCAGGGCUGGAUUACAACUCUGACAAGCAAUCAUCUGAUAGUGACCAGGUGUUGGAGUCUCCUGCAGAAUCGAAAAAACAGAAUACUUACUACGGCGAUGCUGCAUCUUUCUUGAACUUUGCUGUAUAUGAAUCCUUGAAAGAGAGGUUGGUCGAGACCAAGCCAUUAGGACUGCUCGACAACAACUCUGAGCUGGGCAUUAUCGCGAGGCUCAUGUGCGGAGCUGCUGCAGGAACUGUUGGCCAGACAAUUGCUUACCCUCUUGAUGUAAUUGGCCGAAGUAUGCAGAUGGCUGGUUGGAACUAUGCUUCAUCAGUUGUCACUGGUGGAGGGAGCAGCAAAAGCAAAGCUUCACUUGGAUAUACAGGCAUGGUUGAUGAACCUACGACAAAACCAAAAAUGAAGACCAACUCGGCCAUACCAACAUUAUUGUCUGGAUCGCAGGCGCAUUAA